AUGAAUGGUAUAGAAAGUUAUAAUGAAAAAGUAGCCAUUGUGGGUGUAGGUUUUAGAUUACCAUCAGGAUACACAGAGAAUGGUGAUAUUGGCCCUGGAUUGAAAGAUUGUGGGGUUUUGUGGGAUUCAUUAAUGAAAGGAUUUGAUGGGAUUGUUCAUACUAACGAAAGAUGGAGCUGCAAUUAUCAUGAACUAGGAAAUAUUGCAAGUCAUAAAGCAGGUUUAUUACCACUAAAAGAGUGGGGUAUGUUUGAUCCUUUACUUUUUGGAAUAAAUCCAAAUGAUAGUUCGGUUAUUGAUCCUCAACAAAGAUUAUUGUUAAAGGUAACUAUGGAGGCAUUAGAAGACGCACAAAUUGAUCCAUUAUCAUUACGUGGAUCUGAUACCUGUGUUCAUAUUGGAAGCUCUGCAACAGAUUACCAAAACACAAAUAAAGAAGAGAUUAAAAAAAAUAUUUUUGGAUUCACUCCCAAUUCAAUUGCUAAUAGAAUCUCCUUCUCUUUUGAUUUACAUGGUGAGUCAAUAACUUUGGAUACUGCUUGUUCUUCAUCAUUAAACGCUUUAUAUCAAGGUUAUAAUGCAAUUAAAUUAGGAAAUUCUAAAAUCUCAAUUUCGGGAGGUGUUAACAUGAUUAAUUAUCCUUUAAUUUCGGAAUCCUUCACAAAUUUAAAUAUGUUGGUAAAGAUUUUUUAA